AGAGAGUGGCCACGUGGAGAACCCAGAGAACGAGCCGAGCUGGCAAUGGUGACUCAGCAUCUCUAUGAUCCGAACACUUGUCUGUCAUUCAGCAUCUCCAGCACCCAGAAUGCGCAUCUUGGCUUUUCUUCUUUUCUAGUUGUUGUGAAAGCUCCACCGAGACCUCGAUUGUGCUUUUGCUCUGUUUCCCCCCCUCUCUCCCUCUCCCUUCUCCUUGUUAACUUGCCCCCACUCUGGGUUUCGUAAUCUGACGAAGACCCACAUCUUGAUUUCACGGUGUUUGGGGGGAGAUGGGUUACAAAGAUGGUGUCACCAGUGCGGUGGAUUCAGGAGAGGAGCGUCGGGCUGUGCCUCCCUAUCAAGGGGACGUAGAGGCGCCUCUGUUGCCUGCGGAGGCCGCGGGGUCCCCUCCCAUGCUAGAAAAUGCGCCGCGCACCACGGAGAAAAGCACACUGCUCUACAUCUGCGCUGUUUUGAGCCUCGUUACUGCAGUGGGUGCGUUGCUUUGUAUGGUGGUGAAUCUUGUCUCUCUCCUGCGGUCUUACGACUAUCGGGGUUUCGACUAUCGCGUCAGUGUGUUCAUUGGCAUCCUGCGAUUCUACGCAGUAGCUUUUGCUUUGCUGGUGGUCAUCGCUGAAACAGAGUGGGUACCCAUCUUCAGAUUUUGGAAGGUACUGGAGUACUGGGUAGGGCGCGGCACUCUCCAGAUCUUCGUGGCAGCUUUGACAAAGGUGCUGGCCCGAGCAAGCGGCGAGACGGGUGCAGAAAGCAUAUUGCACAAAAUAGCUAGCUGGUGGCUACUGGGAUGUGGAAUCGUCUACAUUGUUGCUGGAUUAUUGUGUCUCGGAGCCGUGAAACGCAGUUACAUGCACAAAGAUAAUUGGCGAGAACAAGCACAAAGAGACCUAGAGGAGGUACAUAGACGCCGGGCAGAAUUGGAAGCUCAACUUGAAAGAGGGCAUUAAGUUUCACAAACCUUUGCGACGUAUUUAGGAGUUUAUUCACCAUUGGAACGAAAGGAACAAGUUUUUUUCGUGGUUUCACUUUGAGUGGCAUUAAGGACGAAGCUGAUAGUUUCAUGCCUCGACCAAACUUGUACAGUAGACAGCUGCAAACGGAAUGAAGCGGUCAACAUUGAUGCCGAGUAUGAUGUCCGGUGUAACUCUGUAGAGAUGCAGAGCCGCCGAAUUGUAACUUAAGGGUUGGAAAAACCUCGAAAUCAUAUGUAUAUUUUGCGGGAAACCAAUGCCAGUGCUAAAUAAUAAAAAACUAAUCAUCAAAAUC